CCCUGAUGCUGCUCUGAGGGCCCGCAGGACUCAGCUGGGCAGGGCCCAGGCCUGUCCCGAGGUAGCCAGCCUGAGCACCCCACACCCCAAUCGGCUGGCUUCCAUGAGCCGGUACCAGGCAGCAGUGCUGGGCCUUGGCCUGCUCUUCUUGCUGCUAUUGUAUGUGGGAUUGUCAAGACCCCCUGAACAGGCUUCCUGGCUCUGGAGAGACCCCAAUGUCACAAUCCUGGCUGGCGUCACCCCAGGCAGCUCUCCUAUCUUUUACCGAGAAGUGCUUCCUCUGCACCAGGCACGCAGGUCGGAGGUGGUUUUGCUCCACGGGAAGGCCUUCAGCUCCCACACAUGGGAGAGACUCGGGACCCUGAAGCUUUUGUCCCAGCGGGGCUACCGGACCAUAGCCCUUGACCUGCCAGGCUUUGGGAACUCUGCAGCCUCCAGGGAGGCCAGCACCGAGGCCGGGCGGGCGAGGUUGCUAGAGCGUGUGCUGCAGGAUCUCAAGGUGCACAACGCGGUGCUGGUGAGCCCCUCGCUGAGCGGCCUCUACGCCCUGCCAUUCCUCAUGCAAGGCCACCUCCAGCUACGAGGAUUUGUGCCGAUUGCACCCACCUCCACCCAGAACUACUCCCAGGAACAAUUCUGGGCUGUGAAGACUCCAACCCUCAUUCUGUACGGAGAACUGGACCAUAUCCUCGCCCCCGAGUCUCUGCGGCAGCUCCGCCACCUGCCCAACCACUCCGUGGUGAAGCUGCCUAACGCAGGCCACGCCUGCUACCUCCACAGGCCGAGAGACUUCCAUCUUGUCCUCCUUGACUUCCUGGACCAUUUGCCUUGAACGGAUGACCCGCUUCUCAUCCAGGGAGACAGUCCUCAGACUCCAAGGACCGAGGGCUGAAGGGCUCAGACUCAGUCCGGACAUAUUCACGUCAUUUCUCGGUCCCAAUAAAGGAAAGCUUAUUUGUCUCACCUGGAAA